CAACCUAUUUAGCGCGACUUCUACGCUGUUUCUAUAUCAUAUCGUAUCAUAUCACUUCAUCAUCCUUCUGAUCACUUCUUUUCUUCUUCUCCGUUAACACACACAAACUCAAUAUCCUCUUCCAUUCAAUUCAAUUCAAUCAUGCAUCAAGGAGAUUACACCUCCGCUCCAUACUAUCAAUUCCCUCAUAUGCAGCAAAACCCCAACCCUACACCCCCUCCUCAAUCCGAUCCAAUUCCGAACCACUACGCUUCUGCACCUCCUUUCACUCCCAAUUAUGAUUAUUCCAAUUAUUCUCCUUACCCUCCUCAUAAUCCCGAACCUCUUCCUUCUUCCAACCCUAAUUUCAAUCCUACCAUUGAAUCCAAUCCUCCUUAUCAACAACCACCGUCACAGCCAUUUUAUCCACCCUACGAUCAACAUCACACCGCUCCAAAUUAUGCACCUCCUAACCCUAACCCUAAUCCCAAUCCCAUUCCCAAUUCAUCGUUGUAUAAUUCGGCACCGUAUCCUCAAACCGCAUCUUCCCUUCCUCCGAUUUCGUCAUACCAAAGCCAAUACGAGAAUCCGGUGAAAUCUGAUUACGGUGCCGGUGCUGCUGGCGCUGGUGGUGGUUAUUUUGAUGACCGGUAUGGAAGUUUUAAUCGGAGAAGUUCUGAUUUGGGAUCCGAAUUGUAUGGUACGCGUCAUGAUGGUGGUUUGUCUAGGUAUGAAUCCGGUGGUGGUGCUGAUGAAGGUUAUGGAGAUGGAGUUUAUGCUUAUCAAGGGGGAAAAGUUGAACCGUAUGGUGCACGUGGUACGGCUCCUAAAUCUUCAACUUGGAAUUCAAAUUCGUCAAAUUCAACGCCUUCGUUUGAUGAUUUUGGGAGGCCGAUUAGUUUUCCGAAAGAAUCUUCUGUGCCAAGUAAGAUUGUGAAAGCUGUGCCGAAGGUUGAUACACAAGAAGAUGCCAAAAGUGGAGUGCAAAAGUUUCGUGUCAAGCUGCUGGCAGAGAGUGGUGGUCAGAGUACAAUGGAUGUUCUCUGCCAGGUUGGUUUGGAUGGACUUCGCAUGCUAGAUCCAAAUACCAGUCGGACGUUGAGAAUAUAUCCUCUUGAGAACAUAACAAGAUGUGAUAGAUUCGAUUCAUCUACCUUUGCAUUUUGGUCGAAGAGCCCUGUAGACAUUGAGCCAAGACGAAUUAGAUUGCAAUCUAAUAGUUACACUACCAACACACUUUUGGAUACAGUGACUGCUGCGACCAUACAGUUCAAGGAAAUGGGUGGCAGUAGGAGGCCUGCUGAAUCAUUGAAAAUAAAUGAACAGACUGCCGAAAGAAAGAAAGGCCUCGGUGAUUGGAUGAAUAUCAUCAAACCUGCCAAUGAAGAGAAAGAUCAUUGGGUCCCAGAUGAAGCAGUCUCAAAAUGUACCGCUUGUGGCACUGAUUUUGGGGCUUUUAACCGCAAGGUUGAUCUCCCUGUUUCUUUCCUCAUGGCUAUGUUUUCUGUUUUUUGUGAUGUUUUUCUAAUGACAGCGUUUUGCUUCUUCCAGCAUCACUGUAGGAACUGUGGUGAUAUUUUCUGUGACAAAUGUACACAUGGUAGAAUUGCUCUAACUGCUGAAGAGAAUGCUCAGCCAGUACGAGUUUGCGACCGAUGCAUGGCAGAAGUGACUCAGAGGCUGACUAGUGCUAAAGAGUCAUCAAGUAAACCAAUUCUGCAGAGUCAUGAGGAUCUUGCUCGGAAACUUCAGGAGGAGCUGGAGAGAAAUCGGAAGUCAUCAGGUUCCAAGUCUGAUGGUUCUGGGAGACGGAUGAAGGAGGUUGCAUGUCCUAUAUGCACUGUCCAUCUGCAGGUUCAGGUACCUAGCUCAGGUUCUGAGACCAUUGAGUGUGGAGUUUGCCAGCAUCCAUUUCUUGUGAGUUCUUAUUGAGAGUUCCGAUAACAUGGAUACGGAUGAAGGUGUCUUUUUGUGUCAAGUUCAAAAUUCAAUUGUUUUACUUUUCUAUUACCAGCUUGCACAUUAAUGAUUAACUAUUGGGUUUGCCUUAUGUUUACUUUUAUAUCUGGGCUUGUUUCAUGACCAUUCUUUACCUGCACUGUUUAAUUUUUCUCGUUGAGUUUGGUGUUUAUAUGUUUUUUAACUUUUCAUUUUCGUUUGUCCUCUUGUAUAAAUUAGACGCUGAACUUUCAUGUAUAGCUAUGUGGAAUACAUUACGGUUUGAGUCAAUAUAUGACAGAUUGUUAGUGCUGGGUAUUA